AUGUCAUCCCGGCUAACACUUUCAGAAUAUUAUGAUAUUCAGAAAGAUGAGAGGGAAGCCCUUCGAUCUAUAUAUAUGGAUGAUUUUAUGGAUUUAACACGGCAGAAAUCUAGUUGGGAUAAACAACCUCAGAUAAUAUUUGAAAUAUCUCUGAGGUCAGUUGAAAAAGUCCCUCUGGAGUCCAAAAUCACAAUUCAUGUUGCAAUGACUCCUAUGUAUCCGUAUACUGCUGCUGAAGUGUCCUUCAAUAAUGUUGAAAAUGUAAUGGAUAGCCGAUUAGAUCUAAUUAAAAAAAAAUUUAAAGAAAUACAUAAAUAUGCUAAAGGUCAAGAGCAUAUCUUUGAAAUUGCAUCAGCAGUCCAAGAACAAUUGGAUGAUUCACAAAAUAUUGCGAACCCACAAUCAUUAGAGGAAGAGAGAUUACAACGUAUUCAGGAAGAGAAAGAACAAUUAGAAAAGGAGGAAAAGGAAAAGGCUCUAGAGAAAGAAAGAAAUAGACUAAACGAACAGAAAAGAAUUGAUGAAAUUAUUCAAAAAGAGUUAGAAAAACGUCAAGACACCGAGGAUGAAGCUCUGUUCAAUCGUGAUACCAGCAUUAAUUUGGUACCGCCUUCAGAAUGGAUUAGUUCUGGAGAGGCAAUUGUUUUCCCCAAAGAUAUAAGAGCACAACUACCCAACAAUUCAUUAUAUAAGUUUAGAGCGGUGGUUAAUCCUACGCCUAUAAAAGUUCCCCAUGAUUUAAUGUCUUUUGGUACACAAUAUUUAGUAAAGCCAUAUGUUCCACCAGAAUCACCACUUGCUGAUAUUUUAAUGACCUCUGAAGUCAUGCAAGAUUUUUGUUAUUUGCUUACAGAAAUCGAAUUAGAUAAUUCAUAUUUUAACACUAGCAAUGGCAAGAAAGAAAUUGCACAUUUAGAAAAAGAACUGGAUUCACUCAUAAAAGUUAAUCAUGAUAACGUUUACAAGUUAUAUUCAUACACUAUAGAAAGAUUGGGAAAUAAUAAUUCAACAUUUGUGUGGAAAAUAAGAUUGUUAACCGAAUACUGCGUAUCAUUUCCAUUAUAUGAUCUACUAGAAUCUGUUGGGUUUGUUAAUUUAGCUACUGCUCGUAUUUGGAUGAUUAGAAUAUUAGAAGGUCUAGAAGCCUUGCAUAAAGCUGGUAUUUAUCAUAAAGGUAUUUCAUUAAGAUGCAUUGCUUUAGUUAAAGAUAAUGAUUUCGGAACAACCAUUCCAAAACUGAUGCAUCCAAGUUACGGAUACACACUAAUGAAUAUGUUAAACCGUUAUCCGAACAAGAGUGGUAUUAUCGAAAAACCUUAUAUUCCCUGGCCAGCACCUGAAUUGACUAACAACAAAUCCAGUAAGCCUCAGAGGUUGACGGACAUUUGGGAAUUGGGUGUUGUUUUUCUUCAGAUUAUCAAUGGUAUUGAUACAGUUCUUAAUUUUGCAUCUCCUCAAGAGUUUCUUGAAUCAACACCACUAGAACAAACUUUGUACGAUUUAUUAGUAAAAAUGUUAGAUAAUAGUCCAAAAUCAAGAUUUGGAGCCCUAGAAUUGUUACCGAUGAAAUUCCUGAGAACUAACAUAGAUCCUAAUACUACCAAAAAUUUGGCGCCAAUGGACGGCAGUUUAAUGAACUCUGAAAAUAUACUGUCAUCUGUUAGUGCACUGAACGGAGGCUCAAGAACUAUGUCACAAUCUAGCAAUAGAAGACGUUCAUUUAAUAUUGGAUCAAGGUUUUAUUCUGUUAAUCCUACUGUUACAUCAAGAUAUGCAUCAGAUUUCGAGGAAAUAGCGAUUUUAGGGCAAGGUGCUUUUGGUCAAGUAGUCAAAGCACGUAAUACAUUAGACAGUAGGUAUUAUGCUGUUAAAAAAAUUAGGCAUACGGAAGAGAAAUUAUCUACUAUUCUUACAGAAGUUAUGUUGUUGGCGAGUUUAAAUCAUCAAUAUGUAGUAAGAUAUUAUGCGGCAUGGUUAGAAGAGGAUAUGGUAAAUGAAAGUGCUAUAAUAUCAGAAGACGAAGAAUCAAGUUCAUCUGAUGAAGAAUCAAGUUCCUCUAAUGAGGAGUCAAGUUCAUCAAAUGAUGAUUCAAAUAUUGAAUUCAAAAAUUCAUCAUUUGAUGAAGAUGACAUAUUCAAUCAUUCUAGCAUAUUUGAAAGUAGGACUAACCUUGAGUUAAACGAUGGAAAUUGGGAUUUUAUAUCUAAUUCAGGUUUUCCUGAAAUUGAAUUUGCUAAUAGCACAAAUAUAAAUGAAGAAGGUGAAGAAAGUAACUCAUCGGAUGAUGAAGGCGAUGAGUCAUCUUCCUCAAGUGAUAACAUCAGUAGUGCAUCAGAAUCAGGUUUAAAAAUGACAGUUUCCCGUACAAAACCAACUAAUAAGAAAAAAAGUACUUUAUUUAUUCAAAUGGAAUAUUGUGAGAAUAGAACUUUGUAUGAUUUAAUUCAUAGUGAGAAUCUAAGUAAACAAAGGGAUGAGUAUUGGAGACUAUUUCGUCAAAUUUUAGAAGCCUUAAGUUACAUACAUUCUCAAGGUAUCAUUCAUAGAGAUUUAAAACCAAUGAAUAUUUUCAUUGAUCAAUCAAGGAACAUCAAAAUUGGUGAUUUUGGUUUGGCAAAAAAUGUUCAUAAAUCGCUUGAUAUUUCAAGAUUAGAUACACAGUCAUUAGCUGGCAGUACAGAUAAUUUAACGUCCGCAAUUGGCACUGCUUUAUAUGUUGCGAUUGAAGUAUUAGUCGGUAAGGGUAGUUAUAAUCAGAAAAUUGAUAUGUACUCAUUAGGAAUUAUAUUUUUUGAGAUGGUUUAUCCAUUCAGUACUGGUAUGGAAAGAGUGCUGAUACUGAAAGACUUAAGAAAAUCCUCGAUAACUUUUCCAAAAAGUUUUGAUGGGUCUAAAAUGGGGACAGAAAAGAAAAUUAUUAGAUUACUAUUAGAUCAUGAUCCAACUAAAAGACCUGAUGCUGAAAAGCUAUUAAAUAGUGGGUGGCUCCCUGUCAAGCAUCAGGAUAUAAUGAUGAAAGAUGCUUUGAAAAAUUUGGCUGAUCCGUCAUCACCUUGGCAGCAAAAGGUCAGAGAAACAUUAUUUACACAACCUUAUAGUUUGACAAAUGAUAUUUUGUUUGACAACUCUCAGUCUACAGGAACAUCUUUCACCCAAAUAUUAAGAUCUAAAAUGAUGGAAGAAGUUGUGACUAUAUUUAGAAAACAUGGUGGUAUUGAAAAUAAUGAACCCCCACGCAUCUUUCCUAAAGCACCAAUGUAUAGUAAUCAGAACGUUUAUGAAAUUUUGGAUAAAAACGGGACAGUUUUACAACUACAAUAUGAUUUAACUUAUCCAAUGGCAAGGUAUUUAUCAAAAUCUCCGAAUUGUUCGACAAAACAUUAUCGCUUUCAACAUGUUUAUAGGCCUCCCCCAACAUCAAGUUCAACUAUGGAACCAAGAAAAUUUGGAGAGAUAGAUUUUGAUAUAAUUUCGUAUUCUUCAAUAGAUUCUGCAUUCCAUGAUGCUGAGACAAUUAAAAUUAUUGAUGAAAUUCUAACAGUACUACCAGUAUUUGAGAAAACCAAUACCCUGUUUAUCAUGAGCCAUGCCGAUAUAUUAGACAGUAUCUUUAACUACUGUAAUAUUGAUAAAGCACAAAGGCCUUUAAUUUCUCGUAUGUUAUCACAGAUUGGUUUUGCAAAGACAUUCCGUGAUGUCAAAAAUGAUUUAAGAUCUCAGUUAAAUAUUUCUUCGACUUCUUUAAAUGAUUUAGAGUUCUUCGACUUUAAAUUGGAUUUUGACUCAGCAAGAAAGAGGUUACAUAAGAUUAUGGUUGAUAGCUCUCAUUUGAAGAAAAUUGAUGAAUCUUUACUUUAUAUUUCCAAAGUAAUAAAUUUCUUGAAACCCUUUGAAGUAACAAGGAAUAUUGUGAUUUCUCCGUUUGCAAAUUUUAAUAGUGCAUUCUACAAAGGAGGGAUCAUGUAUCAAGCUGUUUAUGACGAUGGAUCUGCUAGAAGUUUGGUGGCAGCUGGUGGUAGGUAUGACAACUUAAUUACUUAUUUCUCUAGACCAUCAGAUGAAAAAACAAAUACUUCUAGAAGAGCUGUAGGUUUUAACUUGGCAUGGGAAACUAUAUUCACAGUGGCCCAAAACUUUUUUAAACUAGCUCACAGUCGCAAAGUAAAGAAUAGAAAUAAAUUUUUAAAGGAAACUACAAUAGAUUGGAAACCAAGUAGAGUCGAUAUUUUGAUAUCUAGUUUUUCUAAUUCGUUAUUGAAUACAGUAGGUGUCGAAAUCCUAACGAGGUUAUGGAAGAAUAAUAUCAAAGCUGAUUUACUACGUAAUUGUAAUUCAGUUGAAGAUGUGGUGUCAGGGGCACAAAAAGAUGGUGUCGAUUGGAUUGUAUUGAUUAAGCAACAAAAUUAUUCUGGAGGUUCAACUAAUAAGAAAUAUAAGCCUCUAAAAAUUAAAAGGUUAUCGACAAGUACAGAUAUCGAUUUGAAUCUAGAUGAAUUUUUACAACUUUAUCAACAGGAUAUGAAAGGCAGCUCUUACUUUCAAAAUGAUCGCACACCAAUAGGGGAUGUGAAUUUUGAAGAACAAAAUAAUUGGGAUGAAAUAAGCAGUGCUAGCAGUAGCCAGGGUGGAUUAGAUGCAAAGGACGAUAGAAGAAGUAACCAAAAAGUUAUAUAUGUUCCAAACUUAGCUGCAAAAUCUAGAAAAUAUAGUAAGAGAGAGAAAUGGGUAUAUGAAGAUUCAGCAAGAGAUGCGUCACAGUCUAUAAUUCACAGUUUAUCUAAUGCACCAGUGAUUACAGUGGAUUCUAUUCGUGAAGAGACAAUGGAAAUGAUUACCAUAACCUCCUUAGCUCAGAAAGAUGAAUGGCUGAGAAAAGUAUUUGGUUCUUCCAAUAAUGCAACUCCAAGAAGUUUUGCAACCAGCAUUUACAGUGUUUUAUCUAAGGAAGCUGCUAAAGGCCAUAAAUGGGCAAUUCUAUAUAGUAACAGGGAAAACCAAUCUUAUGUAGUGGAUUUACAAAGAUAA